AUGCAUGGAGGAAGCGAAGGUAAUGACGUGCAAGAAAUUAUUGCACAAAAGCGUUUAGCAAUUGCCGGUAAGGCUGGUAUUUCUGGUUUAAUUGCCAAUAAAAAAUCAUUCUUUAUUGCAGUCUUUGCAUCCCUUGGUGGUUUAGUCUAUGGUUAUAAUCAAGGUAUGUUCGGUCAAAUUUCCGGUAUGCAUUCUUUCUCAGAAGCUGCUGGUGUCGGUAAAAUUCAAGACAAUCCAACCUUACAAGGUUUAUUGACCUCCAUUUUGGAAUUGGGUGCCUGGAUCGGUGUCUUAAUGAACGGUUACAUUGCUGAUAGACUCGGUAGAAGAUGGUCUGUUGUCUUCGGUGUCGUUUGGUUCAUUGUCGGUGUUAUUGUUCAAGCUUGUACUCAUGGUGCUAAUUAUAACUUUAUUCUUGGUGGUAGAUUCGUUGUCGGUGUUGGUGUGGGUGUUCUUUCUAUGGUUGUACCAUUAUAUAAUGCUGAAGUUUCCCCACCGGAAAUUAGAGGUUCUUUAGUUGCUUUACAACAAUUGGCCAUUACUUUCGGUAUUAUGAUUUCAUAUUGGAUCACUUAUGGUACUAACUUCAUUGGUGGUACCGGCGUUAAUCAAAGUUCUGCUUCUUGGUUAGUUCCAAUUUGUAUCCAAAUGGUUCCAGCUUUAAUCUUAGGUUCUUGUAUUUUCCUUAUGCCUGAAUCUCCAAGAUGGUUAAUGAAUGAAGGUCACGAAGAUAAAUGUUUAGAUGUCUUAGCUAGUUUAAGAGGUUUAGAUAAAAACAAUGAUUUACUUCAAAUGGAAUUCCUUGAAAUGAAGGCUCAAAAGUUAUUCGAAAAGGAAUUAGAAGUUACUGCUUACCCAGACUUACAAGAUGGUUCUGCUUCAUCCAAUUUCAAGAUUGGUUUCUUACAAUAUAAAUCUAUGAUUACCCAUUACCCUACAUUCAAGAGAGUUGCUGUUGCUUGUUUAAUUAUGACUUUCCAACAAUGGACUGGUGUUAACUUUAUUUUGUAUUAUGCUCCAUUUAUUUUCCAAACCUUAGGUUUAUCUGGUACUACUAUUUCCUUAUUAGCCUCCGGUGUUGUUGGUAUUGCCAUGUUCAUUGCCACCAUUCCAGCUGUCUUAUGGGUCGAUCAAUUAGGUAGAAAGCCAGUCUUAAUCUCUGGUGCCCUUCUUAUGGGUAUGUGUCAUUUCAUCGUUGCCGGUGUGUUGGGUGGAUUAGAUGGUGACUUCACUGGUCACUCUGGUGCUGGUUGGGCUUGUGUUGUCUUCAUUUGGUUAUUCGCCGUUUUCUUCGGUUACUCUUGGGGUCCAUGUGCUUGGGUUAUUGUUGCCGAAGUCUUCCCAUUAGGUUUAAGAGCUAAGGGUGUCUCUAUUGGUGCCUCUUCUAACUGGUUAAAUAACUUCGCCGUUGCUAUGUCUACUCCAGAUUUCGUUGCUAAGGCUAAGUAUGGUGCUUAUAUCUUCUUAGGUUUAAUGUGUGUCUUUGGUGCUGCUUACGUUCACUUCUUCUGUCCAGAAACCAAGGGAAGAACCUUAGAUGAAAUUGAUGAAUUAUUCGGUGACACUUCUGGUACCUCCAAGAGAGAAGCCGAAAUUCACAACCGUUGUCUUAAGGAAGUUGGUUUAUUAGACUUGAUGGGUCUUGAAGAUUUAGAUUCUGACCACAAGAAUGAAGUUGCUUACACUGAAAACAAGGCUGCUGAUGUCGCUGAAAGUGAAAGUGCUUAA